AUGCCUACCCCCGAGUCCGAGGCCUUCCUGGCCAAGAAGCCCAAGGUCCCCGCCUCCUUCGAUGGCGUCGAUUUCGAGGACACCAAGCGCCUCAAGGCCGCUCAAGAUGCCAUUAUCCGGGAGCAAUGGGUUCAGGUCAUGAUGGGUCGGCUAGUGCGGGAGGAGCUGAGCAAAUGUUACUACCGGGAGGGUGUCAACCACUUGGAGAAGUGCGGUCGUCUCAGAGAGCGGUAUCUCGAGCUUCUCAAGGACUCCCGGGCCAAGGGUUACCUCUUUGAGCAGCAAAACAUUAUUCCCAAGGAAUGA